GGUUCCGUUUGACGCUGUCAGCGACAGCGUUGUGCGGGAUGCUAAACGUUGCUUCCUGGGCCUUAGACGGAAAAGUCGGCUUAUUCAACCACCGAGCGCCUGCUGUAAGGUCUGGAGCCUGACAGAGUUUGGAAGUUAAGGGUGAAAGAGUGACAAUGAGUUUGAGAAGUCUUCUAGUGUCAUGAGAUUAUGGGCUAAACAGGCCAUAGCUACAUCCUACAUCUACAGCCUGCCCUGACUUGCACUCCUGAUAUAACAGGGCGAAAUGAGUGCAAUCUUAGUACCAAGGUGACCUCACAGGACCAUAGAUAACGGCACUAGAAUACAUCUUUUCAGUUAUUCGGUUUAUUUAAAUACGUCUUCCGCCACUGUUUAUAAGAGAGCACUACCUAAACUCUGAUCGUGAACUUGAAAAACUACAGACACUUCACAAGCUUAACCCUGCAACAAAUCGCUUCUGCUGAGGUCAGAAAGGGGUAGAUAUAAUACAAAACAAUGCAAGUUUUACAAAUAAACUACACUGGCAACCCUUGUCUACUCCAGUAACAAGUCCAAAUUGCUCUUUCCAAUGAGGUGUAAAAUGAUGAAGAAUUGGGGUAUGAUCGGUGGCAUUGCUGCUGCUUUGGCAGCUGGAAUUUAUGUUCUGUGGGGUCCUAUCACAGACAGAAAGAAAUACAAGAAAGGUCUUGUGCCUGGCCUGUUAAAUUUGGGAAACACAUGUUUCAUGAACUCUCUGCUUCAAGGUUUGUCUGCUUGCCCAUCCUUCAUUAGAUGGCUGGAGGAGUUCACAGAUCAGUAUAAAUCUGAGCAGAAUUCAACGGUUCGCCAGUACCUCUCAGUUACUUUACUGCGUCUCCUAAAAGCACUGUCUAAUCAAGAGACAACAGAGGAUGAAGUGCUGGAUGCCAGUUCCCUUCUAGAAGUCCUGAGAGCUUACAGAUGGCAGAUCACCUCCUUUGAAGAGCAGGAUGCACAUGAACUGUUUCAUGUGUUGACGUCGUCAUUAGAAGAUGAGAGAGACCGUCAUCCUAAUGUGACUCAUCUCUUUGAUGUUCAUUCCUUGGAACUUACACAGGUUCCUGAAAGACAGAUUCAUUGCAGAACACAGGGGCCAGUUCAGCCUAUUCCAAGCCAGUGGAAGUCUCAGCACCCAUUCCAUGGAAGGCUUACAAGUAACAUGACUUGCAAGAACUGCCAGCGCCAGAACCCUAUGAGAUAUGACACCUUUGACAGUCUUUCUCUGAGCAUCCCAGCUGCCACAUGGGGCCGAGCCAUGACACUGGAGCAAUGCCUGCAACAUUUCAUCUCAACGGAGACUGUAAGAGAUGUUGUUUGUGAAAAUUGCACCAAGAUGCAAGCCAUUGCACCAAAUGGACAGAUAGUAGAAAACCAGAAAACAACAUUUGUGAAACAACUGAAGCUGGGAAAGCUCCCUCAGUGUUUGUGCAUCCACCUGCAACGUCUUAGUUGGUCUAACCAGGGCAGCCCAUUGAAACGUAAUGAGCAUGUCCAAUUUAGUGAAUUCCUGGUACUAGACAGGUAUAAGUACCAGCUCUCGGGGAGUACACCAUACCAGCUUCCAGCCCAUCACCAGGGUGAAUCCAUGCAAGGAACCACAGUUUCAGAUAACGUCCACAAUCCAAAGAUGCUUUUACUUAAUGGAGCCUGUUCUGCUUCAUUGCUUUCAUCUUCUUUUAAAAAUUCUUUACCUUCAGUCUCGGAAUGCAACUCUUCCUCGUAUCUUUUUCGUUUGAUGGCAGUCAUAGUUCACCAUGGAGAUAUGCACUCUGGACACUUUGUGACAUACAGACGUUCUCCUUCUGCUGGCAAAAGCCCCAAAUCCUCUAGCCAGCAAUGGUUGUGGGUAUCAGAUGAUGCAGUUCGCCGGGCAAACUUGCAGGAAGUCCUUUCUUCCAGUGCUUACCUGCUUUUCUAUGAGCGUGUUCGAUCCAAAUCACACUGCCCAGGAGAAAAAUUACAUGCAUAAGAAUGAAACUACAAAGACUAAACGGAUUGGAAACUUAUAGAAAGAAUGUUAAAAUGAAAGACUUCAACUUGAAUUAUUUCAGGGUAUUUAUCAUAAGAGACCAAGCUUGUGGUAAAAAGGCAAAACAUUUCAAAGUCUUCAUAUGUGAUGUUCAAAGAAAGGGCUUGUUUGAAAGAGAAAAAAAAUCUGCCCUGUCUAUUUUUGUUUCUAUUUUAGCUGUUUAAUUGUAAAAAUGAUUCAAAUAACAAGUCUGAUCCAUAUAAAGUCAUUGAUCUUUAAUAGAAAA